CCGCUUGUAUUGCAGUGGAGGUACUGUUUGAUUCCUCUUUGACCAUGGCCGUCACCGAGCUGGCCCGACUCCGGCUGCAAGGUGGCACCGAUGUCUCAUCCCCAUCGCUGCGUGCCAACUUGGCCAAGGCGAAAGACGUGAUGGAAAAGGCCAGCGGAUUUGAAUUCUGGUAUUACCAUUGUGUCGAGGAGCCGAAUGUCAUCUUCAUUCUGGGAUCGUGGCCCUCUGUCGACUUCCACAUGCACGAGUUCAUCCCUGGGCCUCAAAACCAAGAACUGCUACAACUGCUCAAAGACCAGGUCACGGUGGAAUGGAUGUUCCACCUCGAUAUCGACCAACGCACACAACCACUACCUCUCCAGCGAGACGUCCUCUCAAUUGGCCGACACAUUGUCAAAGGUGGUGAGAGGGAACGAUUCAUGGCUACGUUCCGAGACAACAAACAUGUAUUGGAGUCUUACGUGGGGGAACCAGGCCGACUUGUCUGGGGAUGGCGCCUCGACAGAGGAUACGAUCCAUCCAUCAAAGAGGAGGAACCGAAGGAGCAGUUCGUGCUCUUGACUGGCUGGGACAGCAUUGAACAACACCUGGGGUUUGCCAACACGGAAGAAUUCCAGAAGUACAGUCAGAUCAGGAACCACAUGGAGGAGGCAUCGGAUAUCAAGCAUGCGAGAUUGAUGCGGGUUGGGGAGAUGCGGCAGUGAAGGACGAAGCUGGUCUCGCUAGUGCCACUGGCUAGAGCAUCGGUUCCACGGGCUCUUCUAUUCUAUCAGCCGCGGCAUGGUGAGGAAAGGCGCAGUCGGUGCUUGAUUUGCGCGAGGCAUUUUUGUUUGGGAUGAUCAACAUGGCUGCAUGGCUUGCUUCGGGACGGUCGGUGCCUCGCUGACACCGCUGGAGCGAGCUCAAGCCUCAA